AUGGCCAACGGAGUCACCCACUUUUCAACCGUUAUCAGUCCAGAGGUUCAUUUUGAUUCCGACAAUGGGCCAUGGCAGCGCGUCCUCCUUACGAUGUGUUUUUCGGGUAGGCUUCCAAGACAGACAGUUCAAGGGGAUAUCCCUAUCCAUAUUUCAGUUUCCAUUGCCGAAGAAUAUGGAGAAUUUACCUCUCCAGUCAUGGAAACCAUAUCAGUGGAUUUUUGCUCCACCCGUCCGAGUUCACCAUUCUUAAUAGACGAUUCAACUCCCAGUCAAGCUCACAACGACCUUCUUCCCUUCCAAGAGGACGUCACUAUUCCAUUCCUCCCACUUCGAGGAAUCUUCAACUACACUGAUUCGAAGGAAUGGGCCGCGCUAUCGAAAGAGAUCGAAGAAUGGUUGGUGGCUGAAGUUGAUUCCAGGUCUCAACUAUGGACAUGGGGACGUGACGCCUUUUGGCUCACGUUCGUCGCAGCAUACCCUUUAUUUCCCAGAGGCAAGUGGCCGAUGUGGGAUCCUCGAGUUCCUGUGGAGGGGACAUUUAUUAAGGAGUGGCUGGGACGGCCGAGCGAUAUUGAUGGAAGUGAUCAGUCUGUCGCGAUCCUGCUCGGUGAGAUAUGGGCUGAAUUUGUCAGGCAUACGGCGCUCUUUUACCCUUCUCCUCUUCUUGCUGCCGAUUAA